CCCAGUGCCGCUGAGUAACCUGGUUUCCCGGCUCGGAGUCGGCCCUCCUCCUCCCUUCCCUGAGCGUCAGUGCAGCCGGGGCUCGGGCUAGCUCCCCAGAGCCGCUGCUGAAGUAGGAACCGCCUGCCCUGGAGAGAGGCGCCGCCGCCUCCUCACACGGAGACAUGUAUCCGGGAGCUGCCGCUGCUGCCGCCGCCGCCUCCCCCGGACCCGUGCUUGCACCUCCUCCACCAUUGCCACCACCAAUACAGGGAUAUGCCUUUAAACCUCCUCCUCGACCAGAUUUUGGUACUUCUGGAAGAACAAUCAAACUACAGGCCAACUUCUUUGAAAUGGACAUUCCUAAAAUUGAUAUCUACCAUUAUGAAUUGGAUAUAAAGCCAGAGAAAUGCCCAAGAAGAGUUAACCGAGAAAUAGUUGAGCAUAUGGUCCAGCACUUUAAAACACAGAUCUUUGGGGAUCGUAAACCAGUAUUUGAUGGAAGAAAAAACCUUUAUACAGCUAUGCCACUUCCUAUUGGGAGGGAUAAACAGGUGGAGUUGGAGGUCACGCUUCCAGGAGAAGGGAAGGACAGAAUAUUUAAGGUGGCUAUAAAAUGGAUGUCCUGUGUGAGUCUGCAGGCUUUACAUGAUGCUCUUUCUGGUCGGCUGCCAAGUGUUCCUUUUGAAACUAUCCAGGCUCUGGAUGUAGUGAUGAGGCAUUUGCCUUCCAUGAGGUAUACUCCUGUUGGCCGUUCUUUUUUUACUGCAUCUGAAGGGUGCUCAAACCCUCUGGGUGGUGGCAGAGAAGUUUGGUUUGGGUUCCAUCAAUCAGUCAGACCUUCACUCUGGAAAAUGAUGCUUAAUAUUGAUGUGUCUGCAACAGCAUUUUAUAAGGCACAGCCAGUAAUUGAGUUUGUAUGUGAAGUUUUGGAUUUCAAGAGUAUUGAAGAGCAACAGAAACCUCUCACAGAUUCCCAAAGGGUAAAGUUUACCAAAGAAAUAAAAGGUCUAAAGGUGGAGAUAACACACUGUGGGCAAAUGAAGAGAAAAUACCGAGUGUGCAAUGUCACCAGACGACCAGCAAGUCACCAAACAUUCCCACUUCAGCAGGAGAGUGGACAAACAGUUGAAUGCACUGUAGCUCAAUAUUUUAAGGACAGACACAAGUUGGUUCUACGUUAUCCUCACCUUCCAUGUUUACAAGUUGGACAGGAGCAGAAACAUACAUACCUUCCUCUUGAGGUGUGCAACAUAGUGGCAGGACAAAGGUGUAUAAAGAAGCUAACUGACAAUCAAACUUCCACUAUGAUACGGGCAACUGCCAGAUCAGCACCUGACCGUCAAGAAGAGAUUAGCAAAUUGAUGCGAAGUGCAAGUUUUAAUACUGAUCCUUAUGUUCGUGAAUUUGGAAUAAUGGUCAAAGAUGAAAUGACUGAUGUGACUGGGAGAGUCCUACAACCUCCCUCAAUUCUGUAUGGAGGCAGAAAUAAAGCAAUUGCUACACCAGUUCAAGGGGUUUGGGAUAUGAGGAAUAAACAGUUUCACACUGGAAUUGAAAUUAAGGUCUGGGCAAUUGCCUGCUUUGCUCCCCAGCGACAGUGCACUGAAGUUCAUCUUAAGUCCUUCACAGAACAACUGAGGAAGAUAUCAAGAGAUGCAGGAAUGCCAAUCCAGGGGCAGCCAUGUUUCUGUAAAUACGCCCAGGGUGCAGAUAGUGUGGAACCUAUGUUCAGACAUCUAAAGAACACCUAUGCUGGGCUACAGCUUGUGGUAGUCAUUCUGCCAGGGAAGACUCCAGUUUAUGCGGAAGUAAAGCGUGUUGGUGACACUGUGCUGGGGAUGGCUACGCAGUGUGUUCAGAUGAAAAAUGUGCAAAGAACAACACCACAAACUCUGUCCAAUCUUUGUUUAAAGAUCAAUGUCAAAUUAGGAGGAGUAAAUAACAUUUUGCUGCCACAAGGGAGGCCUCCGGUAUUUCAGCAGCCUGUCAUAUUCCUGGGUGCAGAUGUAACUCAUCCACCAGCUGGAGACGGAAAAAAGCCUUCCAUUGCUGCAGUUGUAGGAAGCAUGGACGCUCACCCUAAUCGAUACUGCGCCACUGUGCGUGUCCAGCAGCAUCGUCAAGAAAUCAUCCAAGACUUGGCUGCCAUGGUCAGGGAGCUGCUUAUUCAGUUCUACAAAUCAACCAGAUUUAAACCAACUCGCAUUAUUUUCUACAGAGAUGGUGUUUCUGAGGGUCAAUUUCAACAGGUUCUCCACCAUGAACUGCUGGCUAUCAGAGAAGCAUGCAUUAAACUAGAAAAGGACUACCAGCCUGGAAUUACAUUUAUUGUUGUGCAGAAAAGGCAUCACACCAGGCUCUUCUGUACAGACAAAAAUGAACGGGUUGGAAAAAGUGGAAACAUUCCAGCAGGUACUACAGUGGACACAAAAAUCACCCAUCCAUCAGAGUUUGACUUUUACCUUUGUAGUCAUGCUGGUAUUCAGGGAACAAGCAGACCUUCUCAUUACCAUGUCCUCUGGGAUGACAAUCGUUUCUCGUCAGAUGAACUGCAAAUUCUUACCUACCAGCUGUGUCAUACAUAUGUACGCUGUACUCGUUCCGUCUCAAUCCCCGCACCAGCAUACUAUGCACACCUGGUUGCCUUCAGAGCCAGGUAUCAUCUGGUGGAUAAAGAACAUGAUAGUGCUGAAGGAAGCCACACUUCUGGUCAAAGUAAUGGCAGAGAUCAUCAAGCACUUGCUAAAGCAGUUCAAGUUCAUCAGGACACGUUACGUACCAUGUACUUUGCUUGACAUGUUUUAAUGUUUAGCGAUUUAGUAGAGUUGGAUUCACGUGAGACCAGCUGCACUUAGACCAACAGUUGCCCACGCUACAGUGACAGCCAGCAAUGAGUGAUGCAUCUUUAUUUUAUUAGUUUUUCCAUUUGCAAGAAAGCCUUCCGUCCGGAAUUUCAGACUUGAUUAUGAACUGCAGACCCGUACAAAACCCCACAGUUGUUGGAAAUGUGGUUUGCCAAAAUCUCUAAGCUGCUUGUCAGAAAACAAACCCAUAUUUUGUAGUUAAAUCAAAAGCUGUGAUCUCAGGGCUAAAAACAAAACAAAACUUUUUCAUGUAGUUUGCUAUUCAAUUUAUUUGUGUGUUAAUAAUUUGGAAAUACCUUAUUCACGUCAAAUUUGAUGGGCUCAGAUGCUGUGAGCUUGCUUUUAAAACAAAGAAAGAAAAGGAAAAGCACUACUUCAGUAUUUAUGAAGCCUUGAUCAUUCUGUAUGCAUUUACAAAAGUUUUAUUUUCAAAGUGCAAAAAGAUAAUAAUUCUGGUCCUCCACUGUCUUACAGGAUCAUUCUGUAUGUCUAAGAGCAAAUGUAUUUUCUGAAAUUUGUUCUUGAAUGUCUUUUAUUGUGCUGCAUUUAAAGAUUUUUUUCAUAGACUUAUGAAAUAAUUUCAGAAAAAAAUUAACUUGUAUCUGAACCUUUAAUAAGUCCAGUGAGAUUGGCAAAAAGAAAAUGUGCCAUUUAAAUUUUUUUAAACUUUUUUUAAAAUCAUACUGACAGCUAAUCAUAGAAUUUGUCCUAUAGGACUCUGACACUUACUUUCCAAAGUUUCUAAAAGAAUACGGGUCUGUGGUGAUAAAUACAGUACAAUCCUUCACUGUUAUGUUUGAAUUUUUGUAAAUUUUAUAUGUUUCACAGUAUUAAUGUGAUAGACUAGUUGCUAUUAUUUAUUUUAUUUACUAAAGAGUGCUCAUCAUAUUUCUGUUAACAUAUCAAGAAAGCUUUGGAUUUUAGACAUUAAAACCGUAUCAUGGAGACAUUAUUAUUCAAAUGCAGGAAUAUGCAAUUGAGUUGGAUAUGACAGAGGUCAGAGAUGCAUACAGUGUGUAUUGUAUAGCUUGUAAUUUCUGGAAAGACUUUUUCAGCAUGCAUACAACAUGGCAGGUUUCACCUGUGCAUUCAGAGAGAGACACCGUGAGACCAACAUUCUCCAUCCAUUCAAGCACAAAACAAUUCUACUUUAUUUAUUUGUUGAUUAUUGGUGAAGCAGCAGUUCAAAUUGAGGAGAAUGGUUCACUCUUUAUAGUUUAGCUAGCCAAAUUUAAUAGAAUCUAUGCAGUAAAAAUAACUCUUAGGAAACUUUUGAAGUUUACUUGUGGAAGAAAAUGAAACUCUUUGUUAUACAUAAGGUCAAUAGUAUGAGUGAGAUUUUUGCCAUUCUCUUAGGAGAAGCAUUAAUUGAAACUGAUAAUUAUUAGACAUAUAUGCUUCUGUUAGUUUGCACACUGGGUUCAUAUACAUCAUAAUACAUGUAUAAACCAUUGCACUAAUUGUGACACCAUAAACAAUUUUAGAAGAGGAUGGGGGGGGGGGAAACAAAAGUUGUUUAUGCUGACUUGAUUUUGUUUAAUGUUCUCAUAUGCUAAAUCAAGUACAUAUUAAGCAUGGAGAUUUUUUUAAAGUUGCAUUCUCUUCCUUUGUUUCAUUCAGCGCGCGUUCUCUCUUUCCCUUCCCCCGACAAGCAUAUUUACCUCUAGCCAUCAAGGUGGGCAAACAGCCUCAUCCAGAAUUAGUGUCAGUGCCAUAUUUUGUAUAGACUAGAACUGUUUGCUGUUGAGUAAGCCAGAAAAUGCCCAUCUUUGCUGCCUAAAGGUUUAGGUGCAUAAUUUUGUGUACAAGUUCAGGUCUGCACCUUGUCGCACAGCAUGCUGUUGCUUGUGGUGUUUGGCUGAAGCAACAAAGUAAAUUCUGUUAAUGGAUGAGUCAGUCAUAUGUACGUCAUGCUAGUUUAUUAUUCCUGUCUUGCUGUUGAAAUCAGUGGGCCAGAAUCUGUUGUCAGUUAUAGUUGUGUAAAUACAGUUACUCCUGAUUACACUGGUAACUGAAAAUAGAAUUCAGCCCUUUGUAAUUACUAAGCAGGUUAUAAAAGCCACCACUAAAACAAAUUUAGCUGAUUUGCAGUAGCUUUUCUAUGAUGAGUGUGUUGCACUUUUCUCUGCAGUAUUUUGAGCAGUGUAGAAAUUCAUUGCUGGCUUUAAUUUUGGCACAUUAUCAGACAAUUGUAUGAGUUAUUCUUUAAGAAGUUAAAAUAAUUAGUCAGCCAUUUUUAAAAUUCCAUUGGUGGUUCUUGCUAUUUGUUAUGGUUAGGUGCUCAGGAUGAUAUUCAUCUUCUUCUCCUCUUUCUCUGCUGCACAAACCUGGAGUAAAUUACUUUAUAUGGGCAACCAGAUACAGCAAGGAUCCACCUCAAUCCCACAUCCUGAAUUCAAGGUAGAUCAAAGGGCUAUGGUGCCUCCUCCUGUGGCUUUUGUUCUAGUCUAUGGGCUAGAAUACCAGGUGCUUCUCCAAUGUGGGAGUUCCGGUCUACUGGCUCUGUGCAAAGAUCCAGAAGCCCCCACUCCAAAGACCCCUAACAUGCAGCCAAGAUAUCCAAAAGGCAUGGGUGCAGAGGAUUGCUGUGGGGGCUCUGCAGACACUCCACCAAAGUGUCUGUUGCCCCUAUGUCCUGUUAGCACGAAUGGGAAUUGUGUGUAGUUCCCUCAAACGUAAUGAAGGAUGCAAACCCCUGAGGAAUGAUUGUCAGUAUGGUGGGACUGGGGAGUUUACAGUUUGUAGAUAUAUAUAUUAGCUAGAGUACUCUAAUUUUUAAAAUGGCUUUGAUUUUUUCCUAAUGAAAUAUACAGUGAAUUAGUCCAUCAUAUAAUUUAAUUGAUUUAAAUAUUUUUAGGAAAAGUUUUUUAAUGGGCAAUGCACUUUGAAAAGUAGGCACUCUGUGUGCAUAAUAACUGCUUUUUGUAAAGAUUAAUAUAAACAACAUGCAUAGACCAAAACAGCUCCAAUCAAAUAAACAAUACACCUUUAUCCUUUUCAGUUUACUCCAGCCUGCAAGGACAGCAAUAUCUCGGGUAAACGUGUAUAAAUUUACCCACAAAAUAUUCUCUCUAAGAACUAAGGAAAAGUGGUUGCAAAAUAUCGUGUAUACGAAGUUUAGGAUUGUGACACAUGCCCACAGAUGCUAUUGAAUUCAUACGUAAGGCUGAUAGUUUUAACCAUUAAGUCACUGGUUCAAAUUCAACUCAGGUCAGCACUAACCAAAAGUACUUACUAUCUGCAAUUCAUUGGCCUGUGCAAAAAGAUAUCUAACUCCAGUUGUUAGAGAACCAUGAAGCAGACCCUCUUCUGUUACAGUGGUUCUGCUCUGAGCUACAUUUGCACCAAUUGCAGUAUCUUGGUCUCAUGAUUGGUGCAAAUUGGCCUUCUUGUUAGCAAAACCAGGUCAGGAUUGAACAAUGUGGAACAAUUGUGCGUUCACAAUGUACCAUUUUGUGGAAAAACGGGAUCCAGGCUCUACAACUGUCAAUCUCAGAUCCUUUAUUAGCAUUAUAUUUAUAUAAAAAUGAUCCUUAUGAAAAAGGCUGAUAAGUGAUGGACAUGUUAGAAAUAGGUAUGUGAGGCUUUACAUUGUGGGGGUGUGUGUGUGUGCUGGAAGAUGAAGGGUUAAACAAUUAUGAGUUAAGUGUCCGCUAUAACUUUGAAUUUCCUGCCUUAUUUGUACUAAAUAUUAACACUACUGAAAUAUAGAGAGACUUCAGAGGCUAAUAGAAAUGCUGCUAUUCAAAGGUGCAAAACAAAACCAGCAAAGAUAAAAUAUUCAAUGGAAGCCAUUUUUAAAAAAAGUUAAAUACAAAACUACUAUUGGGCUCUGUUGUGCCUUUUUAGGUACUUCUGGUGUUUGGGCUGAUGGAGGGUUACACUGACCCAAUGGGAUUGCUCAGAGUCACAAAGCCUUCUGGAGCACCUGGAAAAACUGUUGAAUCACCCUUUAAGAGGUUGUGCUCCGUUAGCAGUUGCUGGUGAGGGAUGGAGUUAUGCUUCUGUGUUCUCCCCUCUGCCCUCUUUGGGUUAACUGUUUGAGGUAGCCCUUGCAGUCCUUGCACCUUCCCUUCCCCUCCUGCUUUGCCCUAGCCCAUGUGUAGGUGCAUAUUUGUCAGUUCGCAUUAGUAUGCAUAGUUUUGACUUGAUUCAGACUAAAAUACUUUCACGCCUGUAAUUAAAUAUUUUAUUGACUAUUGCAUAGGUCAUUGGAAUAGUUGGUAAUCUAUUUUCCAAAAUCUUUUCAUAUUGACUUGCAUAUUUCUAGAACUGUCAUGAGAAAAACCUUCAGGUGGCUUUUGUCAAUUGCCCAAGUCACAAGGAGGUGUUGUGUGAUAAUCUGCUAGAGUCUGCUUGCAAAUUUUACAGGUAAUUAUGCUGAAAGAAAUUUCCAUUGUGUAAGUGUGUGGUAGGUGUUCUUGACCCCAUUCCCCUCUUUCUUGUACUCUCAAGCAUAUCUUUCACAAUUAUUUAACCCAAAAUUUGUCUAACAUAUGUUUAGUUUUUACGUUUGAUUAACUUAUUUCAGUAAAUGUUGUGGCCUUUGUGUAGAUUUAAGUGAGUAAUUUUAACAAACAAUUAUCAAACAAGACUUGAUAAAAAAUUAUAUAUUUUAGUAAAUCACUUUUUUAUUAUUAAGAUUAAAGGUGAAAUUUUCAAAAAGAUUUAAAUCACUUUUGAAAAUGGCACUGAAACCCAUAUUUUUAAAGGUAUUUAGGCAUUGUGUGCUGAGCACAACAACAUCUAAAUAUCUUUAAACAUCAGGAACCUAGUCAGUUAGGCUCCAAAGUGCCUACAUCAUUUUUGAAAAUGUAACUUAAGCUCUGACAUCAUUCCGGUUUUUUUGAAAAUUUUAUCCAAAUUUUGUCUGGUUUGUAUGUGCACUCAGGAUCAAAUUGUAAUCACAAGUGCAUUGCACUUUGCUGGAUAACUCAGAUUUUCUUUUGCACUUAUGGAUUGCAGCAGUAAAUUCCUCGAGUUAAAUGUGUACCACACAUUAUUGGAGACCCGAUUCUUCUCACAGUAAGUCAUUAGCAAACAUCUCAUUGACCGCAAUGAGCGUGCGAGCAGGAAAAGGCCCUUCAUUAGAAUCUGCCUUUUUGUCUUGAAAAUUUCAGUUAGAUGCUGUAGGUUACAGUGCGUGUUUAAUGGAUUACCUUCUUUCUGACUAAGAAUGCUGACGUUUUAAGACUAGAAUAAGCCAGUCCUGCAGCUUUUACUCAUGCAAAGCUCACACUAAAGUCCAUCAGUUCUGCACAAAUUAUAAAUGCAGAAUUGGGACCUUUACUGGGGGAUGUAGAUGGAAAUGUUGGUGCAUUUGAUGAAAUCCAGAGAACACUUCUGGUGGCAUAGAUAAGCCAUAAGACUUUUUAUAAUGUAUGAGAUUUCUUACACAUGAGAAAAGGAAUGUAAAUAAGUUCUCUCUCCAGGUUUUCACACUCAAAGCCAGUUGUAAUCAGAUUAUAAAUAGUCUUCUUAAUUGUUUUUUCUAUUUUGAAAAUUUCUCCAAAAGUAACAUCUCCUUUGCUUUAAUCGUCACUGUGGUUGUUGGACCCAGUGUGACUUUCUCAGUUUCUAACACAGGACAGUAUAUUUUUGAUUUUUAUAUUCUAUUUAGUAACUUGCUUCUAAAUGCAUACCUACAAUCUUUUCUAAGGAAAAUUUCAAUUUAAACAGAAAAUAAUUGCACUGAUUUUUUGAAAACUUCCCUUUUACUGUAACAGACUUUUUUGCAUCUGCUGUAGCUGGUUGAAAAUACUGUAAAUAGUAGUAUGAAUAGCAAAACAUUGAAAUGUUCUACAUACCAUUCAUUGUUGUACUUGCAUUUUUAGAGAUACUGCCCACUUUACAGUAUUAAGAUAUGAGCUGUAUAUUUUUUUUUAAUUUUAUUACACUCUCAUUUUGCAUGUGGUAGAUACAUCCAUAAAGGGUACAGUUUCUCAUUUGGUUUCUGUAAUAUGGAGUCAGGUUUUUUCGUCUUUAUUUACAUAGCAAUUCUUCCCUAACCGUCUCCCUUCAACCCAUAUUUUCUGCACCACACUGCACAAAAUGUAAAAACAUUUUGAAGUUACCAAAAUUCAGAUUGUAAAGCAUUUAAAUGCCUCUCUUUAAUAUCACUGGUAGAUAAUUAAUAGCGCUAAUAUCUGUGCUAAUAACCAUAGCUCCUUCCAGCACUUGAUUCUGGCAUCAGAUUCUAAAGGACUAGUCUGUGAGGCAGUGUUAAUAGAAUCAUAGAAAUUAGAGAUGGAAAAGCCUAAUGUAGCAUCUAGGCUAUUCCUCUGCUGAUGCAGAAUUGUUCCCCAUAGUAUUUUUUAGAGCUGUGACUUAGGAAACAGGGCUACCAAGUUGCCUUCUUGGUCACCCACAUUAGAAAGCCACCAGUCUAGUGAUUUGCAUUAAUUGAUUGUUUGCCUCUUAGAGGCUGGAGAGACCAAAACUACAGCACUGCUACUGUUUUAUACACAGUACGUUGGUAAAUCCUCCUCUCAGCUCUAAGGCUUAAUGGCUGUAGUGUAUAGCACCUUGGAAAGUCUCAAAGUGAGUCAUUUUUAAUCCAAAAGUUUGUGUUUAAUGGUGUAAAGUGUAAUCCAUGAUAUAACAUUUAAAGUUCUUCAGCUGUUUUUCCCCCAUGUUUCUUUGUCUGAAAUGUUAAAGUAAAUGUAAUGGCUUGGCCAAAUCACUACAGAAGGUGAUUUCCUAUCAUUUUUUAGUUCGCAACCAGGUGCAGUUAAAAGCUACCUCCUAUACUGUUCCACAGAUUAAUAUUUGCUUUUGAAAUGCAACUGUCGUUUGUUGUAAACAGCCAGAAUAUUCCCAAAUGAGCUGAAUUGUUUUCUUCUGGCUUGAGAACUUAUGUGCCAUACUGUGAUUCUUGAUAUCUGCUUGCCACUUAUUAUUUUUAUGUAGGGCAGGUUGGGAUGGUGUUAAUGGAAUGCUGUCUGUCAAAGUUUUGGAAAUAGUGAGGCAACUGAUUUCACAAGUCUGGCAUGUUCAUUUUCAUUCAUGUUUACUUUUGUUAAUAGGGAUACCACCUUAAAAUAGUCUGCUCUUGUAGUAGUUUUCACGCUGCUGUUUCCAGCAAAAAUUGUUUUCAUGUGUUAGCUCUAUGAUUUGCUGAAAAAUAUAUCAUGUUUUAAUUGAAGGUGACAUUUGAAGGUGCUUGAAACAUAUUUUGAAGCUGAGACAAAAAUUAUGUAUUAGAAUAUUUUUUUAAAAUACCUUUUAGGUAAUUUUGAGAUUGUAACCUUGAAGAUACUAUAUUCCAAGUGAUAAGGAUAUAAAUUUUAAACACAGAAAAUGUCUUGAAUAUGUUUGUAUUGUGAAUAUGUUCUCUCAAUAACGUGCAAGGCCUUGGCCACACCUCCGAUCUUAAAAUAAGUGCACAUACACAAAAGGUGCUUUGAAUGAUCUGAAACUGAACUGUAGAAAACUCUGUUAAUACAUCAUAUUUUGUUUACAAUGAAUCCAGACAAGCUUCCUUAUUUUGUAUUUAACCACUUUGUUGUCAGAAAUUUUAUCAACUUAUGCACAGUACAUUAGCUCGGUAUUAUAGGAAUUUUCUAAAUUUAAUGCUUAAAAAUCAUUUGGUUCUUUAAGCCACAGAGGUUGGUGAGUGAGAAGUAAUAAUUUUUUUUUUUUUUUUUUUUUUUUUUUUGCUGUUUCUUCUCACUGAAAUGCUUGGGCAUGGCACCCAUGGACACUAGUGUAAAUUAUGUGUAUGAAUGGGAGAGCUAGACUCAUUGAUGUUCCUAUAAUUAACAAAUUUGUCUACAAAUUAAAAAUGGUCUAGUAAAUUAUAGACUGACUGACUGCUCAUAGAUUCACAUCCCAAAAAGAAGGCUUACCAAGUAGCAGCUAUUCAUGGGCAGAAUCCUUGAGACUGCUCAGUUUUUACUCUGCCCUUACUCAGGCAAAAUGCCCAGUGGGUGUGGAGCACAGGAUUUGGCCCCAUGUACAAUAGCUACUUUUUAGAAGACAGUUCACUACAUCUGGUGUUACGGAUUUUUGUGCCAUCUCUAUGCCAUACUGGUUCUAGAAGAAGUGCCUCUGAGUGUUCCACCGUGUAGAUUUAUUAAGCAUAACACAACAAUAGCAUUAUGUGUUACCUUUUGGAUAAUUGGCUGUCGUUCCCAAACCCGCGCCCAGAUCCUCCUGGGAAUCUGUGGAAAGAGGGAGCCUUUUACAGACUGAUCUGUAUGAGAGAGCGUAUGCAACCUCUAUUGCAUUAUCUGCCCCAUUCACCAAGGACGAUAGGUGCGGAGACUGGCUGUGGAGAUUGUUCUCCAGAGCACUGCUUAUCCUGCCUUUAUUCAAAUGAGAAUUAACAUUGCUCCCUUUAGGUUCUCUUUGUGGCUUCUAUUGACCAGCUACAAGGUGCCAACCCAAAAGCAACACAGCUCUUGGGGUAGGUGGGCAAUAAAUCAGUCUGGAAGCAAAAAUCAACAUUCAAACUGCUCCUGCUGGCACAGAUUACUGAGUUAUCGACCCUAUGAAUUUCACAAGAAGGGGAGGCUUGGCAGGCAACUCCACAAGAAUGUCAGAAUUUUAUCCAUCUGGCUUCCUCCCAGACUGCCAAAGACUAUUCUGAUUGGCUUGGGAUGGCUGCUAUUGCAAGGUCAUUGGCAUGGGCACUGGCUUAAGUAUAGGGAUUUGGGGAGAACUGGACUUGAAGAUUUAUAAGGAUACAAGAAUCCUACCACCCCCCUCCCCCAAAAAAUGGAUCCAUGACACAAGAUGCAGACUUUUGUUAAUAUCUGUUCCCAGGAUACAUCUUAAUAUCUUCAAAGGAGGGAUUACUCUUUAAUUGGACCGCUUAUUGUAUUGAUGGACCUUAAAUUGAAUGGCUAUAUUUAAUUUUUUUUAAAAAAGGUAUUUUAAAUUUUUGUUUUGCCUAAUUAAAUUAGACAUAUUAAAACAAAGUGGCAUUCUUUGUACGCUUACAUUUUAAAAGAAAGUCUGUUUGUUUAAAAACAUUUGAUUUUCCUUACCACAGUUUUCCCCAUUCCUUGCAUGCACUCUGUUGUACUAGGCUCCAACUUGUUUCUUUUCCUUAAACCCUGCUGAAACACUUGGGGCCAAGUCAUCAGUAUAAGUUGCACACUUGAUCAACAUGACGAUCAGGACAUUACGUUUGUUUGUUUUUUAAAUAUAUACUUACCUCACACUUUAUUUUUUCUGAGAGCUUUGAAGCUUUAACUACUUAAACAUCCCAAAAGCCCAGCUCGGUACACAGAGGAAGGAUUUGAGGCACAGAGUAAGAUUAGGAACUUAGGAGAUCCUGGUUCCCAGGCCCAUAUCUGUUCCAUUAGGCUAUGCUGCCACUCAAAAAGUGUAUGUAAUGUUUACUUGGACUUGGUUCGUUCUGUGCCUACCAACUUUUCCUCUCCCAAAGUUAAAAGUUGAAAUAUUAUACAGUACUUUGGCCUGGCACCCACACUGUCCCUAAAUCUUGCAGCUGUGUGUAAAAUUGCACAUUAAUGCUGGUCAUGUCUGAAUAUCAUUGGUCUGGGACUUUUUUUAUUUUAUUUUAUUUUUAUUUUUUUUAAGGCUGCCAUGUCGUCUUCUCCAUUCAUUCUGGCUUAUAGUAGCUUAAUAACUUGUGAGUAGGUCUAACUACAAAGGGUCUGUUCCUACACUUCUUGUGCACCCAAAAUUCCCAUUUACUUAGUGGGAGUUUUGGGGUGUGCAAAAAUGGCAGGAUGAAGCCCCUAGUGUGAGAAUAUACCACACAAUAAAGAUAUUCUUAACGUGUCCAGCUCCCACUGAAGUUGACAAUAUUCACAUUUACUUCAGUUGUCACAGGGUCAAGCCCUUAAUACUUUGUUGGGUUUUUUUUUAAGCAAACAUUGGCCCUAUUUUUGAGACCCCAUAUUUACAUUCAAACAAUCAUUAAACUAUUUAGGACUACUCAUGUACAUUGAAAGAUUGGGCUUUUUUUUUUUUUUCCCCUUUUGGUAUAUUUUAUUAUUUUGUUUUUAUUUGCAAUAAAGUAAAAUAACAUGUCGCUAAACCACCUGACGAACUUAAGUCUUUUGAUAGAUCCAACUAACAUACAUUGUCUUGUCAGGAAUGUUUAACCCCAGGAAUGCCUCUAUUAAAAUCAGAUUCAGUUAAAUUAGCCCAACUUCUGCAUUUCUUUUUGUGUGAUAGAACUUGGGCAACUUCAAAUAGUUUAUGUAUGUUUGAUUUUUGCUUUUUUAGAUACUGAUUCCAUGUUUUAAACUAGUUGUUGUAGGGAAGAUAGUGUACACUUAUACAGGCAAGAAAAUAUUUAACUCAUUUUAAAAAGAAUCUGUAAUAAAUAUUUUUCCUUUACUAAAUCAGGGCCUUUAUUGUUAAAAUGUAAACUAGUUAUAAUGAAGCACUAUAGCUGGCAACUUUCUCCUGUGUUCUGUUCUGAAAAAUGUUACCAUUCAUAUUGGACAAAUUGCUAUCUUAUUCUGAUCCAAAUAUACUUUUUUUUUGUUGGUUUGUUUUUUGGUUAAAAGAAGGGGCUGCCUCCAUAUAAGAGAUUUAGGAACAAAUUUUCUGCUGGGGCAAAUAGACACAGCUCUAUUGACUUCAGUGGAGUUUUAUCAGUUGACACAAGCAGAAUAUUUGGCCUUUAGAAUUUACAGUAAGUCAAGUUCACAAACUGAGACCAGUUGCAAAUUUCUGUGCAACAAAGUGGUUAACUGAUCAUGAGGGAGGUGGUAUGGAAAAGAGAAUGUAUUGUUUAAAUCCAGAUAUUUCCUACCUUUGGUACACUUCAGAUUUAACUGACACCUACUGAGGGUUUUAACCCUUAAUUUUAAACCGUUUUUUCUUAUUUUUGUAAAAUAACUGAAAAAGAACCAAAAAAGAACUCAAAAGUUUGAUUGUACAUGCUCCCUUUUUAUUUCUUGAUUAUAAAAAAAAAUUGACAUUUUGAAUCAAAAUGUUUUUAUGACCAUUUAAAGUUUACUAUUUUUUUAAGAAGUUGAGCAGUUAAGGGCCUCGUUUCAAGCGGUACUAAAUGUAUAUUAACCAGUUUAUACCUGUGUAUUGCAUCUGUGUGAAGAAGUCUUGUGCUUGCAAUAUAUAUAAACCAUCUGGUGCUGUUUUGUUAAAAUUGGCACUUCUUGUAAAAACGUAUUUAUACACAUUAGAUGCAUUGUAUAAUUUCCAUUUACAACACUGAUGUAAACUUCAUUCUACACAUUCAUAUAUAAAUUGAGGCUUCAUGUAGAUAUUGUUUAGUUUAAAUACACUGUAUGUAUCUUGAAUACUUAAUUAAAUGCUUGCAUGAUGCUAUGUGGUGAUGCCACUUUAAGCCUUAACAAGUUGUUAAAUUCGUUGAUUGUCCGAGUAUGCAAAAACAUUAAUUUAACAGGAUAGGUUGUUCUGUAAAGGAGAUGGUAAAAAAGAAAAAGGUUUCUCACCUGAGAAAUAAAGGGAAUCUUAUAGUGAUUGAUAUAUACCGUGACUGACCUUUCAAGGCACUGGCUGUCACUGUUGCGCUACAGAAACUGGGUUAUUGUGCAUUUCUAUGGCAGUAUACAGAAAGCAAGUAUCCUAAAAUCUUGGCUUUUUUGUUUCUAAGAUUCAUAUGACCAUAAUCUUUUUUCCCAAUUUGAAAUUUAUUUAUGUCGGAAAGAGGAUUAUUAUUCAAUAUUUAAAUUUAUGUUUAUAAACCUGCUCUCAAGUUCUGUGGUUUCUUCAGAGCAUGCCAUCAUUUUUACUUCUUAUGACUGACAUUUAAUCCUUACAACAUUUUUAAUUAGAGGCAAAAAAAAGUGUUGGGGACCCAGCUUUCUUUACAAUUUGGAUCUACCUCAUUUAAACAGUUGGGUGCUAUUUACUCAAAUUGUCGAUGAGAUUGGGUAAAAAGUGACCAAACAUUAAGUGAUGACAAACCUCUUAAGAGGCAGUACUCUGCAAACCAAAUCUUUGUGGUUUAUUGUUUAGAAACAACAAAUAUUUGGAUUUUAUUCUUUGUGCCUUUUUGUGUUGAGUCCCAAUGCAUAACAAUCAAACAUCAGACUCCUAACUAAAAAUAGCAAAUUAAAUAAUUUUAACAGCAAAUUAAAAAAAAAAUGGAAAAGAGUUUUUAAAAAGUGAAAAUAUAUUUUUCAGUGUAUCAAAUCAUAAAAUGUACAGUGUCACAGCAGAAUUCUUGUAAUGUGAACAGAAAUAAAAAUCCAAUAACUUGAUGUUUUUCAAAAUAUAUACAUCCCAAACUCUCUUCUAUGCAUCCAUCUCCAUCUAUAUAUGUAUGUACAUACUGUGCACAAGAUUCUGUGUGUGUAUAUCUGUGUGUGAAUAUAUAUAGAAAAUGAAAGGGGGUGUGUGUGUGUGUGUAUGAUAGGUAAGGGAAUAAAAUGUCAAAGUGAGUUUUCCGCGCAGUUUUGUAUCUUAACAGUUUACAAUUAUGUACACAUUUUUUCUAUUAGUAAACUUUUUUUACUUGAGAAAAAUCCUUUUUGGAGAAAUUUUAAGUUGUGAUACGAUCAUUUUUGAAGUUUGAAGAAUUAAACUUUAAUACCAGUAACCAAUACAGAGUGGGAAUCUUUACUGUAAAUUGUAUUUAGUUUUAAUAUUGGGGGGGAAAAAAAAAAGUUCUAUGUGGAAGUUGUAAGAGUACCAACAUUCCUUAGUGGCAGGACUUCAUAACUGUUUCCUAAGGCUUUUUGCUGCAGAGAGACUCAAACAAUGGGAAAAUGCCUCUGUUAAAUGUUUUUAUAAAAUUGCUCCGUCAGGUCUACACUUAAGCUAUAUUUUAUGAAGCGUAAUCAUCCUUUAAUAUGCUGCAUAUAAAUUAUCAGCAUUGUUGCACUUUCUCAGUAAUAAUGUAUGCCCUGCAAUUGGCUCAUGAUAAAGACUUCAGUUUUUUAACAAAACAGUAGUACUUUGGGCAGAAGGUAAGAUUUAUAUAGGUACCUCAAGAAAAAAAAAAGCCUGAAUAUGCUGCAUUUUGUUCCUUUAACUUUUUUCAUGUAGUAUUUUGUUUGCUUUUUAUUAUUUGUUUUGUAUAUUAUUACUAGCUACCUGUUUUGCUUUUUGGGACCCCAAUAGAGUUUAGAAAGUUGGUCUGUAUUCAUUUUGUAGGAUGUAGUAUCCUUUCUUGUUUCUAAUGCAGUAGUUGAUGUAAGGUUUCCCCUGCAUUCAACAACAGAGGGUGUGGGGAAGUAGGCUUUACAUAGUAGAUUUCGGGGGAAAGAUACUACAUUUCUAAAACAGACAAUAUAUGUUCUUAAUCCUUUUUUUUAAUGUUUUUAUUUUUUGGUUUUUUUUUUUGCUCGUGCUGCUUUCUUGACUCUUUUCUCAAACAUGAAUGAGAAGAUGGGCAGCUUGUUAAGUGGGGAAAAAACC